GUGACUAUUUUCACCAGAGUGCAAAUAGACACUCCGUAUCUUAUAACGAAUCGGUCUAUUCUGGCUUAUCAGGAAAAAAAUAAUAGAAACUGAACAGCGCCGUAUAUGCUCUCCCAAAGAUGGGGAGAAAAAAGAAGACAUUGCACGACUAUGCUGCCGAGUUCAGCGAUCUAGGAGUUAAGAGGCAGCCGAUGGAGCAGCACAACUCCGGAGAAAGGACCGUACUGGAAAUACUGUACUGUAAAUCUUGCGAGAUCCCGGUGAGAGUCCGCAGAGACCGGAUACUCGAGCACCUGGCUUCGGCUAGACAUUUCAGGAACAGACGACUCGCAAAACUGUGGGACCGCAAGCCCAGUCACCUGUCACCAGAAGUGGAGGCCCCACCAGGCUCUCCUGGACAGUCGGACUCCGCGUCUCCUCUGGCCUUGCAGUCCAAGCUCAUCUUGGCUGGGAACUGCUGCUCCUCAUCGAGCCCGGUGUCCCGCUCCUGCCCCCCCUCUCAGUCAGGUUCUGGCGUUUGCGCUGGUGGUAGCCCCAAGAGGAAGGGUGUGGUCACCCCAGCAGUGUCCGCCCCACGGACUUCGGCAUCAGGCACAAGGCCCUGGCUGCUGCCCCCGGAUGUGGCCCGGCCUGCUUUCGGGGGAUGGGAGCCGGGUGGCUUUGGUGCCGGGCUGGCGGUGUUCGGCGCGGGGUCUGGCAGCACGGCCCUGUGCCGCAACCUGCUGGAGGAGAGCCGCUGCCAGCUGUUGUAUGCGGUGAAUGACCAGCGCCGGGAAGUGGAAGAUCUCUUCAGCCAGGAGCGACUGGCCCAUGCCAGGCUGUUGCGCGCCGUCGACGCAGACAUCGCGCUGAGUGACCCGCGGGUUACAGGAGUCAUCGUCUGUUCUCCACCAAACGAGGCCUCUGCGAUUGUCCUUCGUGCCUUACGUGCAGGAAAAGGGGUGUUUUGUGAAAGGCUGCCCAGUUUAGACAGGAACAUCGCCGAGUCUUGUUUCGACGAAGCGGACCGGCGAGGGAGACCGCUCGUGUGCGGCUUUUACAAACGCUUUGACCCAGCCCUGCAGUACUUAUACAAGCGAGUGAACGAGAACGACAGUCUCGGCAGGAUACAGAAGAUCUCAGCUGUGAGCCGCAUGUAUCCUCAGCCUUCUGUCGCCACUAUCAGAUCAUCAGGCGGAAUCUUUCACGGUGCGGCUGUGCAUGACAUCGACAUCAUCUGCUGGAUGCUGGGGGAGCGGAUCCCAGACACCAUCUUCUCGCUGGGCCAUGCGUUCUGUGCAGAGAUGGCUUCCCUCAGUGACGCCGAUGCCAUUUCUGUCAGCAUGAAGUUCCCCAGUGGCGCCAUCGCAUCCCUAGACGUGAGCCAGCACUGCAACAAGAGCUGCGACCAAAGACUUGAAGUGUACGGCUCUGAGGGUUCCCUGCAGAUGGAGAACAGGAAUCCGCUGGGCAUCUCCGAUCACAGCCGUUCGCCAGGGCCCCGCCCCCAGAGCGCCGCCGACCGCUUCCGGGACGCCCACGGGGAACUGCUGCGCCACUUCCUCCGCACGCUUCGAGGACGGGAGGCGCCGUUCUUCACCAAAGAGCAGUACCUGUGGACGGUGCAGGUCGCGGCGGCCGCUGAGCAGGCCUGGAAGAGCGGCUCUGCAGUGGACCUGCGCCACAUGGCCGCCAACAGCACCACCACCAUCAAGACCGAGGCGUGACGCGUCGCCUUCAUGGCACCAUCGGAGUGAUUCGCUUUCACACCGUGUCACCUGGACUGUCGCGCUCCUUGGCUCCCAUUUCUCCUCCCUCUCGCCCUGUUCGACUGUAAACGCUACGUCUCUUAGUAGGUUAAUCAGGUUUAUAAGUGGGGUUAGGUGCAAUACGAGACGGACUGACGGCCUGUCGCAAGUCAUCGUUUCAAAAGCUGAAGCUAAAGAGGGACGAAGGCCCAGAGAUCCAUCCUUUAGAAAUAUAUACCAGCUCCACGCUUUAUCAGUUUAGGAUAUCACGCUGAGCAUAUUGUCGGUUUUUAGAGGAUCACCAGUGAUACUCUACCUGCACUAAGAAUAUAGGGACGGUGUAUGUUUUCCAAAUAAUCAGAUUUAUUUGUUUUUAGAAAAUAGUCAUGAAAACACUCACUGUAGGAGUAGAGUUUGUAGCAGAUUCACACUUGGGUAAUUUAAUUGAAGUCUUAUUAAGGCUCGUCUUCCAAAUGUACUAUUGUAACUGUGAUAUUAUGCUUCAAAGACUUAGUGUUCUGGUGACUGUUCUGGUGCUUUCUCCCUGUGCAUUUGUGACAUAUAUGUACAUAUAAUUACACUUCUUCAGUUUUGUUAUAUUUAGUCCCUUAGUUUGUUUUUCUUGUGAAGAAUUCAUCCGUAUAAAAACAUUGAUCUGAGGUUGUGUUCCUGCCAGAGGGACUCCGUUGGAUUCUGAAGGUAAACAUAUAAACUUAAUGCGGACUGAAUUUCACACACUGUAUUCCAGGUUGGGGGUUAGAAACCAUGUUUCACCAUGAUGGUUUUGCAGUUGCAGGGGAUAUUUGAAGCGAGUCUUAUCCUUCA